UCCUCACAAAAUACGAUGCCAUCUUCAAUAAUGCCAAAUGGACAAGAAGAAGAAAAUGUAACCCAUGAAUGCAAAGAAUUGCUCCUUUCUCUUCCUAGACAUAGAGGUUGGAGAACUCCUUAUAUCUAUCAAUUUCAAGGGUUUUGGUGCCAGCCGAAAGAGAUCCAAUCCAUUUUGUCUUUCCAGAAGCACUUCCAAGCAAGAAACAAUGAUGUUGUUAUAGCCACAAUACCAAAAUCAGGCACCACAUGGCUAAAAGCCUUAACCUUUUCCAUCUUAAACCGCAAGAGUUUUCCAUUAUCCUCCAAAGCCCACCCUUUGCUCAACUCCAAUCCUCAUGACCUUGUUCCAUUCUUUGAGUACAAGGUUUAUGCAAAUGGUCAAGUUCCUGAUGUCUCAAAACUCCCUGACCCUAGACUAUUUGCUACUCAUCUUCCUUUUUCUUCCUUGCAGGAAUCCAUCAAAAAGAGUAGCUGCAAGAUUGUUUACAUCUGCCGAAACCCUUUUGACACUUUUAUUUCCUCUUGGAUUUACAUUAAUAAGCUGAGAUCAGAUACUAGACCUCCAUUGUCACUGGAUGACUGUUUCAACAUGUACUGUAAAGGGAUUGUUGGGUUUGGUCCAUUUUGGGACCAUAUGUUAGGGUACUGGAAUGAGAGCAAAGAGAGACCAGACAAAGUGCUGUUCUUGAAGUAUGAAGACAUGAAAGAAGACAUUAGUUUUCACUUGAAGAAGCUAGCCGAGUUUCUUGGCUGCCCUUUUUCAAUGGAAGAAGAGAAAGCAGGUGAAGUUGAAGAGGUAGCCAAGCUUUGUAGCUUAGAGAAGCUGAAAGAUUUAGAGGUGAACAAAUCUGGCAAGUCAAUCCUGAACUUUGAGAACAGGCAUUUGUUUAGGAAAGGUGAGGUUGGAGAUUGGGUUAAUCAUUUGUCCCCUUCAAUGGUGGAGAGACUGACCCAAGUCAUGGAGGAAAAGUUAGGUGGCUCUGGUCUUCAGUUCAAGGUGUUUUCCUAGGAUAAUGAGCAAUUCUCUAUAUAUAUAGAAUUAACAUAUAUAUGAUGCAUAAUUUAUCCUGGAUGUCACGAUUGGAGUUCAGUCGAAUAUUCAUCUAAAAGAAAAGACAAAAUUAUUUGUAAGAAUCUUUUGAAUUAAUAAAUGUUAUAUAUGAUGUUUGUAUUCUUAUUGGAUUUAAUUAUGAAAUAUCUCAAUUUAAUCUU